AUACAUACAGGCAUACAUACACACAUACAGAUACAUACAUACAUACGUGCACACAUACAGAUACAUACAGGCAUACAUACACACAUACAGAUACAUACAUACAUACAUGCACACAUACAGAUACAUACAGGCAUACAUACACACAUACAGAUACAUACAUACAUACAUACUGAUACAUACAUAGAUACAUACUUACAUACACACAUACAUACACACAUACAGAUACAUACAUACAUGCUUACUGAAAACAUUAGGUAUGGUUCUAUUUGUUUAAAAACUAUGCUUAAUUUUUGUGAAAUUUCAUUCAUGAAUUUAUUGGGCAUAAUUGAUCUUUGA